ACCUGCCAACACUCGCUGACACUCACUCAUCUCAGACCGCGAGAUAGACUAAAUACCUACGGGGGAAAGGAAAGAUCUGAAUUGCAAUCUCUUAAUUUCUUUUUCUUUUUACAGUAAUAAUAAAACAAGAUAGCGAUCCGGAGGCACAAAGUGGACGCGGACUUGCUGGAUGAAAACGGGCUAAAAAGAUUCACCCUCUCUUGAACAUCAUCACCAAACAUCAUUCAUUCAUUACCUUGACAACUCCUGGCUUUGAUUGACAGUUGGAGUGGCAAAAAGCCAUGAGACACGACAGUUUAGUUACAUGCAGGUUGUUGAUGGGCCGAUUGUAACCUUCAGGUGCUGCUUUCAUUUUUUGGGGGGGAGAGGAAAACAAGAAAAAUUGCACAACUCCUGAUGCUUCGGCUUGUACUCUACCACAUUGGAGAAUAGGAGAAUUUGCAAAGAAAAGUUGGUUGAAAAAGGAAUCCUACCAGUAAAUCACUUUCUAACCGGACUGGGAUAUUAAAUAUACGACACAUCCAGGAGUUUAUUGGAGAGCAGCCUGAUGGCGCAAAGGUACGAUGAGCUGGCCCAUUAUGGUGGGAUGGACGGAGUCGGGCUCCCGGCGUCUAUGUACGGAGAUCCGCAUGCUCCACGGCCGCUACCCCAAGUCCAUCACUUGAACCAUGGACCACCGAUCCAUGCCAGCCAGCACUACGGUGCUCAUGCACCCCAUCCCAGCGUUAUGCCCAACAGCAUGGGCUCCGCUGUCAACGAUGUUUUAAAGAGGGAUAAAGAUCAAAUUUAUGGUCACCCAUUAUUCCCGCUGCUCGCGCUGGUUUUUGAGAAGUGCGAGCUGGCGACGUGCACUCCGAGGGAGCCAGGGGUAGCAGGCGGCGAUGUCUGCUCCUCCGACUCCUUCAACGAGGACAUCGCAGUCUUUGCCAAACAGGUCCGAGCAGAAAAACCUUUAUUUUCAUCAAAUCCAGAGUUGGACAAUUUGAUGAUACAAGCCAUACAAGUAUUACGAUUUCACCUUUUAGAAUUAGAAAAGGUGCACGAGCUCUGCGACAAUUUUUGCCACCGGUACAUCAGUUGUUUGAAAGGAAAAAUGCCAAUAGAUCUAGUUAUUGACGAGCGGGAUGGCAGCUCGAAGUCAGACCAUGAAGAGCUCUCAGGAUCUUCGACCAACCUAGCCGAUCACAACCCAGCUUCCUGGAGAGACCACGAUGACGCCACCUCCACACACUCGGCCGGCACACCAGGGCCCUCCAGCGGGGGCCACGCUUCACAGAGCGGUGACAACAGCAGCGAGCAAGGAGAUGGUUUAGAGAACAGCGUGGCGUCCCCUGGCACAGGCGAUGACGACGACCCGGACAAGGAGAAGAAGAGACAGAAGAAGCGCGGUAUCUUCCCCAAGGUGGCCACCAACAUCAUGAGGGCGUGGCUGUUCCAGCAUCUCACGCACCCGUACCCCUCUGAAGAACAGAAAAAGCAGCUAGCCCAAGACACAGGCCUCACCAUCUUACAAGUAAACAACUGGUGAGUCAAGUCUUCA